GAGUUAGGUCAUCACGAGUUUAGUCAACUAAUUAGUUCACCAAUCACAAACUUACUAAACAGGCUUAUAAGGCAAGGAAUUAAUUUGUGAGAUCAAUUAAUUAAAGAUCCUUGGAAAAGAUAAUAUGGGCCUCAACCUACACCCUCUCACACACGGAGUCUUACACCCUACGCAGGCCAGUGGUCAGAGACUUGAUCUACUCAUCCACUAGUUUCGGGUCUGGAUCAACCCAGCCGAGGCCUCUCCUGUUCCCCGCUUACAAUUGCAAGAUCGUAUUUGAUAGGAGGGAACUCCCGGGUAGGGCCGCUCCGCAGCACACUCGCCAUCUGCUCUGCCAUCGAUUCAACUGCAUAUCAGCAGCUGAUAUCUGUGCAUGGAGCACAAAAUGUCUGGUGCAGACAUUGAGAACGCGAAGGAGCCAGAUCUUGUUGAUAACACUCUUAGAGAUCAGGUUGAUGAUAAACAUAUCAUAGAAGACCCAAAGCAUUCAGCUGAAAACGAUGAAAAUCCAUUUCCCUCACCCCAGCAGGAGGAGGAAGCAAUAAAGAAAAAAUAUGGAGGAAUAUUACCAAAGAAGACUCCACUAAUAUCCAAGGAUCAUGAGCGUGCUUUUUUUGAUUCUGCUGAUUGGGCAUUGGGGAAGCAAGGUGUGCAGAAGCCCAAAGGACCACUUGAGGCACUCCGCCCAAAACUACAGCCCACGCCACAACAGCAAAUGCGAUCCAGGCGCUCAGCUUAUGCUCCUGCAGGGGAUGUUGAAGAUGGAGGCAAUAAUGGCGAUCCUUCUCCUGAGGAUCAGGGAUGCGUAUUAGAUCCCAACAACGACAGUAACAGCACUACUCCUCCUGAAGAACCGAAUCGCCAAGAGUAGCAAUACCGCUGUGAGACUUCCAUUCACAUCCAAACAAAUGAUACUUUUUUUCUUUAACUCAGAAGUCAAUGAUGUGACUUUUUGAAAAUGCUUACAUGAAUAAAAAGACAUGUAUCAAAUUUGCAAACGUUGUAACUACCAAAUGAAUGUGUGCUUACAAAAAAAUGGAGGCAUUUUCCGGCCAUUUCUGCAUCAA